AUGUCGUUUGCCAGAAUUCCAGUCAGAACUGCACUGAACGUUUCCAGAAACUCAGGCAUAGCCAAGAUGUCCAUUGGCGGCCUCAGAACCAAGGUCAGCCUGCCAGACUUGAAAUGGGACUUCGGAGCACUGGAGCCAUACAUUUCUGGCCAGAUCAAUGAGUUGCACUACACCAAGCACCACCAGACCUACGUCAAUGGUUACAACACUGCCAUUGAGCAGCAUGCAGAGGCCAAGGCUGCCGGUGAUGUCAAGAAGACCUACGAGUUGCAACAGCACAUCAAGUUCCACGGAGGCGGAUAUCUGAACCACUGUCUUUUCUGGGAUAACCUUGCUCCAGCCAAGCAGGGUGGUGGUGAACUGCCAUCGGCUGACUCUGAGUUCUACAAGAAGGUUACUGAGCAAUACGGCUCUUUCGACAACUUGAUUGCUCUGACCAACACCAAAUUGGCCGGAAUUCAGGGUUCCGGAUGGGCAUUUAUUGUUAAGAACAGCGAGAACGGCGCCGUGGAGGUUAUCCAGACCUACAACCAGGACACUGCUGCUGGCCCAUACAAGCCAUUGGUUGCCAUUGACGCUUGGGAGCAUGCUUACUACUUGCAAUACAAGAACGUCAAGGCAGACUACUUCAAGGCUAUCUGGAACGUUAUCAAUUGGGCCGAGGCUUCCAAGAGAUACUCAGCUGCCUAA